AUGUUCACAGGCACAACGCCCGAGUCGCUCAUAGCUCGGUCAGACUCGCGGAAUCCGGCGACAACGUGCAAAGGCAUCACGAAAUCGGGACGGCCAUGCAGACGGGCUAUUGACGCAAAAGAAGGCGAGGGCGAAGGCGAGGGUGUCAUCGCCGUUACAUCGGUGGCUGGCGACGGCAGCGACGACGAGAUAGGAGCCGCGGCGUAUUUUUGCUGGCAGCACAAAGACCAGGCGGAAACACUAGCUGCGAAACCAUCUACGGGACCGGCCACGCAGCUGUACCCGCUGAAAGAGAGGAACAGCAUUGAUACCCUGGUGGAGCGACUGGGUGUGCUCGACGUCGAAGAGCAGAACGAGGCUGCUCCACGCAGAAGGAGGAGUAGCCACCAAGGCGGGAGGAGAAGAAGAAACUCUGGAUCACAACCGCCCAAGCGCAUCAACCGGCCGCCGACAUGGGAUACUGUCGAGGGCCCGUUGAUGUCUGUUCCCAGCGAUGUCAUGGCCGAGAGGAAACGAAAAGAGCGGCCGUCCAAGGCGUCGCCGCCAAAGGAAAAGCGCGGCUUCUGGGCUUCCUUGUGCUGUGGCUCCGCAGACGACGAGUAUACUGAAACCACACGCGAAGACUCGGAGACGGCCAUGCUCUUGCGCUACAUACCGACGACGGUGUCGCCCAAGCUGGCGUCGACGCUGCUCGCCGAGCUCUCCAAGCCCAUUUCGCCCCACGACGAAGAAGGCUUCAUCUACAUCUUCUGGCUUACGCCAGAGGCGGCGGGGCCCGCGCCCGAGACGGCGGCCUCGAGGUUGCUAGCGCCGCCCUCGUCAGCACGCGGCGACCGGGGCCGUCGACGGACGUCCGACGUGAUGCGCCAGUACUCGGUCAAGGGUGACGAGGGCACCAAAAAGGCAGCGCAGUCGCAGGCGGCGGGCAAAGACACGAUUCUGCUCAAGAUUGGGCGUGCCAACAAUGUGCAUCGCAGGAUGAACGAAUGGACGAGGCAAUGCGGCUAUAGUCUUUCGCUCGUGCGCUACUAUCCCCACGUGUCGUCCACGUCGACGCCGUCUGCAACCCCGUCACCCAGAGCGUCGCCGGCAAAUUCCAGACAGCCGUCGCAGUCCGGGGCCGAGGGGGUGCGCAAGGUGCCGUAUGCGCAUCGCGUAGAGCGCAUGAUCCAUGUCGAGUUGGAGGAGCAGAGGGUGAUUAAGCAGUGCGAGGCCUGCGGAAAGAGCCACAAGGAGUGGUUUGAGGUCGAGGCUACGAGGGACGGGGUCAAAAAGGUGGAUGAGGUGGUCAAGCGGUGGGUCGAGUGGGCCGAGUGGGCCGAGAAGAGAAACGAGUAA